GUCCCUAUCAAUCGAUCAGAGAGAGGAAGAUGGCGCUGGAUGGAGUGAGCGGGGUAUGAUCGAUCACCGAAAAACUCGAUUGGGUUUGUUUAUCUUAAGAAAGUGAAAGACUCCCCAGCAGCGACUGUUCCAGCUGUUUACAUCCGGACUUCAGAAGAUACGACACGGAGGGAGAUCCACAGAGCCUGCACCCCACCAUCCUCGGACGAUCAGGAGGAUGGAGUUCCCUGGCACAGUGGGAAGGUCCUGGAGCAGCUGAACCGCCAGCGCAAGCAGGGCCUACUGUGUGACUGCACCUUCGUUGUGGACGGGGUCGACUUCAAGGCCCACAAAGCUGUGCUGGCGGCCUGCAGCGUCUACUUCCGCACCCUCUUCCUGGACCAGAAAGAUGUGGUGCAUCUGGACAUCAGCAAUGCAGCAGGUUUGGGACAGGUCCUGGAGUUUAUGUACACGGCUAAGCUGAGUUUAAGUCCACAGAAUGUAGAAGACGUGCGGACUGUUGCCAGCUUUCUACAGAUGCAGGAAAUCGUCAAUGCCUGUUCAGCGUAUCAGUCGAUGGCUACUCAAACUCCGUCCCUCAUAACACUGGAUUUCUCUGUUGAUGAAAAAGCAGACGAAGAAGAGCAUGGAGAGGAGCUUGACAGCGACUUGGCAGAAGUAGCUUUACAAGCAGAGGAGGAGAGUCCUAUUGACGCCCCCUCAGAAGAUACUGAAGCCUCACAGAUUCAAGAAAACCUGAACAAAGACAUCUCCACCGAAACAAAACACACUGCUUCUCAGAGCAGCCCCAACAGACCCCAGUCAGGCCGAGGCCGACCGUCCAAAAGUGCUUCAGUGUCUGCUCAGAAGAAGAUCUGUGUAAAGAAGGAGGAGGAGAGCGCUGCACAGGAGGCCUCAGGCUGUCAGGACGACCCCUCAGACUCCGACUACACACCAGCACCGAAGUCGAUAUCUGCUGGCAGCUCGUCCUACAUGAGCUCUCGUGGGAGAAGAAUCAGAAAACCCCCGCGACGGAACUUCCCACCUGACAAUGACUCCGAAGACGAAGGCCCAGCAAAGAAAAGAAACGCGAGGAAGACAGCAGAGCCGGCAGAGACGGCUGAAGAACAGGAGGACGACCCUGUGGAGGAUGGUGAUGGGGAGGCUGACGAUGAAGAGGGAAUGGAAGAGGAAGAUGGAGAGGCCAGCCAGCAGGAGGAGGAGGAGGAGGAGAGGGGAGUCGAUUCUAGCAGCGAGGGAGAGAGCAGACAAACUCACUCAGCGUCUAUGAGCAGCCGGUCCGAGUCGAAGCCUUACAGCUCUGUGACGCACAAGUGUGAGGAUUGUGGGAAGAAAUUCACCCACACUGGCAACUUCAAAAGACACAUGCGCAUCCACACAGGGGAGAAGCCGUUCAGCUGUCGGGACUGCAACAAAGCGUUCUCCGACCCUGCAGCUUGUAAAGCUCACGAGAAAACACACAGCCCUCUGAAGCCGUACUGCUGCUCCACGUGUGGAAAGAGCUACCGUCAGAUCAGCUUGCUCAACCUGCAUCGUAAACGGCACACGGGCGAGGCACGCUACAGCUGCGAAAUGUGCGGCAAGUUGUUCACCACGAGCGGCAACCUGAAGCGCCACCAGCUGGUGCACAGCGGUGAGAAGCCGUACCAGUGCGACUUCUGCGACAAAGCCUUCUCUGACCCCACGGCAAAGAUGAGACACCUGGAGAUACACGACACGGAGAAGGGCAACAAAUGUCCCCACUGUGACAAACGAUUCAACCAGCUGGGAAACCUGAGGGCUCAUUUAAAGAUCCACAUCACAGACGGGCCUCUCAAGUGCAAGGAGUGUGGCAAGCAGUUUACCACCUCAGGGAACCUGAAGAGACACCUGCGUGUUCACAGCGGGGAGAAGCCGUACAUCUGUAUGCACUGUAAGAGAGCUUUCAGUGACCCUGGAGCUCUGCAGCGACACGAGCGCAUCCACACAGGAGAGAAGCCAUGCGUCUGUCCAAUCUGUGGCAAAGCCUUCACCCAGGCCAGCUCGCUCAUCGCUCACGUACGGCAACACACGGGGGAGAAGCCCUACGUGUGUGAUCGCUGCGGAAAAAGGUUUGUGCAGUCCAGUCAACUCGCCAAUCACAUUCGCCAUCACGACAAUGUCAGGCCGCACAAGUGUCAAAUGUGCAACAAGGCUUUUGUUAAUGUCGGCGACCUUUCGAAGCACAUCAUCAUUCACACAGGUGAGAAACCGUUUCUGUGCGAUAAAUGCGGCAGAGGGUUCAACCGUGUGGACAACCUGCGCUCCCACGUCAAGACGGUCCACCACGGCAAGGCCGGCAUGAAGCGGCUAGUGCUCGCAGAGGGCAGUGGAGACGAGGGGGCGGAUGGGUGUGCUGGUGCAUCAACCUCUGACAGUGAGAUCAACAUAGUUACUGUUACUACAGAGGACAUCGUCACCCUGGCGACAGAAGCCCUGGCAGCAAGUGCUGUUGCUCAGCUGACAGUCGUACCAGUGGCUGCUUCAGUGUCCGUAGAUGAGACUGAGGCUCUGAAAGCUGAAAUCACUAAAGCUGUGGAGAAAGUGCAAGAAGCAGACCCAAACACCCAGAUCUUGUACGCUUGUGAUUCCUGUGGUGAUAAAUUCUUGGACGCCAGCUCCCUCGCCCAGCACGUACGCAUCCACACAGCCCAGGCCUUGGUCAUGUUUCAGGCAGACUCCGACUUCUACCAGUACACCACAGCCAACUCUGCAGAGGGGGAUUCUGCCACCACAUGGCAACCCACAGCUGAACAGGUUAUCCAGGAAGGAGAACUGAUCCUCCAUGCCCAGAAUGGAGAGGGAGAAGGGGAGGGAGAAGGGGGGGGAAGGGGAGGGGAGGGGGGGGAGGUGGAAGUGGAGGUGGAGGAGGAUCAGAAGAAGAAGGAUUCAUGAGGAGGAUAGAGAGGUGGAAACCCACACUGAAGACAGAAAAAAGAUCAAUCGAGAGGACGAGGAGAUGUCAGAGUUAAGAAUAGUGCGACAGAUUUGUAAAAGGUGUAUGAAAUAUAACAUGCAACAAAAAUCUUUACAUGAGGUAAGUACAGUCAACCAGUGACUUGAGUUGAAGUGAUGUGGAAAAGAAAUCUAAACUGGAUUCAUUACUUACAACCUUUUGGAACCGCCUAACUGAAGUUACAAACCAUGUUUUGUUGUCCUUUAAAUAUGAAAUGAGAUCGAAUGACGAGGUAACAUCCAGACAUGGUUGUAAUACUUUGUAUAGUUUGUUUAUUUUUAGACCUAAAUGCAGGAAUAAUGCAUUGUCUUUUGUAUAAAAUAUUUAGGCUGCGAUUCUAUCCUUGUCAACCUCUAACUUGAAGAAAGAACGUGUUAUUUUUCCACGUCACCCAGAUGAGAUAUGUAUUUAUUUCUUUAAACAGUCAAUAUUGAGAUAGUUUAUUGUACUACUUUGAUGUAUUUUCAUGAAGAGCUUAUUAUACAGAGAUAUCUACUUGAAUGUUUGGAGGAAUGAAUGAAUAGGGGGGUAAAUAACAUUUCCUCUUUUUUAUUCCCAGAGUGAGACGUCAUGUAUAUUAGUGCACCAGCAAACAUUAUAAAUGCUGUGCAUGUGUAAUAUUUGUAUAUUUAUGUUUUCCCUUAAAAAGUCUUAACACCUCUGAUGCAAGAUAAAACAUGUGGUGGGAAUCUAGUCAACAAGUCUCAGCUCUUUCUGUUUCUGUCUUGAAGUAGCUUUGGCAUGAGGGCCGUUUCCUGUCACUAAUGGUUUCACAAGAUUCUAUUUUCUGUUUAGAAAACUACCUGCAACACGUCCUGUUGACUAGCCGUAACAUUUCUUUCCUCACCUGGUAAAUAAAGAAUCUCCACACAGGGUGA